AUGUCUGCAAAUACGUCUAAGUUAAAUGCGAGCCUUGCUGAAUUUAUGAUGCAGGAGUCAACGGCAGUUCAGCAACGACUUUCUACCGGUACAAGCUCUCAAUUACCUGCUGCUUCUUCAGCCACUUUUCUUUAUGGAGAUAUUGGAACUAAUUCUUCCGCACCAGCCCCUCCAGUUAGAUCUUCUAGCACUUUGAAAAAGGAUCGACCAAUGAUCUCUCCACCGAGCAAACCUCUUCCAACCCCCCCAGUUAAGAAGGAAAAAAAACGAAAAGGUGAGUUGAUUUACACUAGAUGUAAUUUCCUGAUCGAUAAUAACGAGGCUAGUUACAUGGUUCUGCUUAUCACGUUGAUUGUUUAUGUGAUUUGUAUAGUCAACUGA